AUGAGAGCGUGACCUCACCGCUUUCUGCACAGCUGCUGGAGAGAGGGGGGAGACACACAGAGAAAAAGCGAGCAACAGAAACACGUUGAGAGAGACAGAGAGAGAGAGGUACAGGGGAGAACAUUCACAACACCGGGGUAGCUACGCUGAGCGCGCGGGGGACUCUGUCGCGGGUCGUCCGUUGGCCGCUUCCCGCUGGUCCGCCUCCCAGAAUGUUCUGUGCCCCCGGUUCAUUUCUACGGUACACGAACCAGUCGCCGCGGCUUCCCCACGGACACUGAAGCCCAGAUGCUCACCCUCUCCGCCGACAUGGACGAGUCUUCGUCUCUGCUGGAUCUACUGGAGUGCUCGGUGUGCCUGGAGCGCCUGGACACCACGGCCAAGGUGCUGCCGUGCCAGCAUACCUUCUGCCGCCGCUGCCUGGAAAACAUUGUCAGCUCCCGGAACGAGCUCCGCUGCCCGGAGUGCCGUAUCCUGGUGGACUGCGGGGUGGACGACCUGCCGGCUAACAUCCUUCUGGUUCGCCUCCUGGACGGCAUUAAGCAGCGGCCCCAGCGAGGGAGCGGAGGAGGAGUAGGCGGCAGGCAGUCCCUGGCCGGGGGCUCGCUGCAGGGCUACGCAGCCGGGAUAUCCGCUUCUCCCCCGGGCAGUGCGAUCAGAGAGCUGCCCGUAGCCGUCAGGAGCUCCCCUGUGAAGAAUAUCCCAGCGCUGCCUUGCGGUAAAGCCCUCUACUCCUACGAAGGAAAAGAACCUGGCGAUCUCCAAUUUUCCAAGGGUGACAUCAUCAUCCUGCGACGCAAAGUGGAUGACAACUGGUACCACGGCGAGCUCAACGGUUGCCAUGGUUUCUUGCCUGCUAGUUACAUCCAGUUGCUGCGUCCCCUGAGCCAAACUCCGCCCCAGGGCAAAGCACUGUACGACUUUGAGGUCAAAGAUAAGGACCAGGAUAAAGACUGUCUGGCAUUCAGCAAGGAUGAGGUACUGACAGUAAUCAGGCGAGUGGACGAGAACUGGGCAGAAGGCAUGCUGGGAGACAAGAUUGGCAUCUUCCCCAUUCUCUAUGUGGAGUUAAAUGAAACAGCCAAGCAGCUGAUGGAGAUCGACAAGCCCACGCCAACUAAUGUUCCAGGUCCGAGCUCCGAGCCAACCCCGUUGGGCCCCUGCUCUCCUGGUCCCUCCCCCAGCGCUUCCCCGUCCAAUGGAAAUGGCUCUGGUCAUAGAAGAGGCGAAGGGAAGAAAAACGCCAAGAAGAGGCAUUCAUUCUCUGCACUGUCUGUCAGCCAGAGGGCCGCCCAGCUCAACAACAGGCACAGUAUGGAGAUCUCCCACCCGGUCCUCAUCAGCUCCUCUGACCCCAGAGCUGCUGCACGCAUCCAGGAUGCAUCUCACCCGGGUCCCUCUCCUUCCUCGGCAGGGGUUCUGGUUCCCCCCAAAGUGGCAUCCAUUACCUCUGAGCUGUUGGCCCAUGCCAAGGUGCAGCUGCCACUCAACAUAUAUCUGGCUUUAUACGCCUACAAGCCCCAGAAGGCUGAUGAACUUGAACUUAGGAAAGGGGAGAUGUAUCGGGUGACAGAGAAGUGUCAAGACGGGUGGUUCAAAGGCACCUCGCUGAGAACUGCUGCCUCUGGUGUCUUCCCAGGAAACUACGUCACUCCUGUGUCCAGGGCCCCGUUUGGAGUUGGUGCUUCUCGGGGCUCGUCUUUGUCCAGUCCAGUAGGUGGAGGAGGAGGAAGUGGGUGUAGUAAAAUCUCUGCCCCUUCGUCUCCAGGGUCCCCAGGGUCCCCGGGGCCCUCUUCGUCCCGUCCCUCCACCCCACUAGCAAACUCUGUUAACGCUGCAAAUCCCGCCUCCUCUCCGCAAACUGCCGCCGCCCAGCUGAAGAACUGCCUGCGCUCCAAUCAGCAUACGGUUAACCAGGCACGCACCUCAAUGCAGCUGGUCCACAGUCCUCCUGCUGGAAGCCCAGAGCGCUCCACAGUGGCCCUCUCCCCGCUGCGUCCUCAGAGUUCCUCCCCCUCACGCUGCCCUGGCCAAUCGGGUCGUCCUCUCUCCAUGGUGUCUCCAGGACCGAGCUUAGGGCCCUCACCCCUCUCAUCCCCUGCCUCGAGGCCCCUUCUCCCCCUCUCCUCCCCUCUCUCCUGCCUCACGCCUCCCAACGUGUCAGCGGUGCUUCUCAACGGGGACCUAACUAGUCCCUUGCAGCCAUCAUCGUCGGGCCCCUCCCACAGCCCCACCCAAGGCGUCCUCGCACCCAAAGAGAAGAAGGAGAGGAAAGCAGGAGGUUUAUUAAAGCUCUUGUCGGGUGCGGCAGCCAAAAAGAAACCUCGCUCGCCUCCCUCGUCCCCGCCCACCCACGACCCCUCGCUAUCUGGCCACGGCGCCGUGGCCACCGACCCUGCCCACCAUCCUCACCACCAUCACCACCACGCCCGCUCAGGUUCCUGUCCGAUGGCGUCGCAGGGGCGAGCCGGCUCCUGUCCGAUCGAGAGUGAGAUGGCGGGGGCCAUUGGACUGGAGCCUCUGCACAGGAAGUCCGGUUCCCUGGAUACCAACUUCCCCCUGUCGCCCCCCGCGACGCGCGCUAGCAACGCUCUGAUGGUCCUCCGGCCUGAACCCAAACCCCUGUCCAGAGAGAGGUAUCGUGUGGUGGUGCCCUACCCGCCCCAGAGCGAGGCCGAGAUCGAGCUGCGGGAAGGCGACGUAGUGUUUGUGCACAAGAAGAGGGAGGACGGCUGGUACAAAGGCACCCUGCAGAGGACGGGACAGACCGGCCUAUUUCCCAGCAGCUUCGUCGAGAGCUUCUGAAAUGGAAGAAGUGGACAAAAGAACAAAACACUGUUCCUGUUUUUGAGUUACAAAACACACACACACACACACACAAACACACACACACAAGCUUUACAGCUACAUACAUAUGAAGAAUGGACUGAAAUUGGUUUCUAAGAAUUAUACUUUUGGAUUGAAGACGGACAUUGCAAAAAGAAAGCUGCUUUGAUGAUAGUCAGAAUGCUUUCUCUAGAAGUGGAAUCUGUCAAGAAACAUCGAUUUAAUGAAAUUAAAACUUAAUAAAUUCUGGCACAAAACAUCAAUAAUAGUAAAUGUCUUCAGAAACCCAUAUCAGUCCAACUAAUUCACACACACACACACACACACACACACACACACACAUAGAGGAAAGCUAGCCCCCACUUUGACCAGCCACACAGGAAUCAGGGCAACGGUUGGAUCAGACAAUCGGUUGUCUGGACCCGUGAUGUUGACUACUGAAGGCACACAGACUCAAAGAACACAGAAGGACAAACCCUGCCUCCCAGUUCUCCUCCUCGGCACCAUCCACCAGCAAACCCUAGCACAAAAAGCAUUAACUUUGCUUUCCUCUGAGACCUCAGAACUUAAAUUCGGGUGCUUUCCUCGUUUGAAAAGUGCAGAUUUAUCGCCAGGUGAUGAGGGAAGUGUGUGUCCAGUCCAGGAUCAUUGUAAACACAUCUCCGUGUCUAGUUUGUGACAACAAGCACAUAUGUUUCAUACCAACCCAAUAUAUGUUUAUAACAGUGCAUGUAGCAUUAUUAUGUUUUUCUAUAUAUGUUGAAAUAGACGUUUGUGUUGUCCCAAACUAGUCAUGCUGUGAUGAUCUGUCACAAAACUAAAGGUGCAAAAAGUAAAACACAACUAAGGUUAAUUAUUCUUCUAUUUAUACAUCUUACAUACAUUUAUACAGCCAUUUGUUUUAUUAGAAUUUGUCCUUUAUAGACCACCCCCCCC